GUCCAGCUCCUUCUGUUUUGGAAUAUCUGUCUGAGAAAGAUAGAGAAAGACUCAAAAAAGUGAAACAAGCAUCUGAACAACAAAUGAAAGCAAAAAUAUUUCCUCAGGAGCCCCAGAAUAGCAAAUGCCAGCCAGCCUCCCUAGAUGGUGCUUCUCACAAAUGGCUAAAGUUGUUGGGGCCGCAGUUAACAAAUGCCGGUUCUAGUGACUUCAAACCAUUUGCAAAGAAUCCAGAAAAGCAAAAAAGAUAUGAAAUUUUUUUGAAAAGUGUUAAACAAGGAGAAAAAGCAGAUACGUUGGAGCAAUAUUUAGACCCAAAUACGACAGAAUGGGAGCGAGAAAGAGAACAAGAGGAGUUCUUCCGUGCAGCAAUGUUCUACAAGUCUUCCAAUUCAGCACUGUCUUCCAGGUUUACCCGAGCCAAAUAUGAAGAUGAUGUUGACAAAGUCGAAGUUUCUCAGGACCAAGAGAAUGAUAUUGGUGAUAAGGAAACUGCUGUGAAGAUGAAGAUGUUUGGCAAACUCACAAGAGACAAGUUUGAAUGGCACCCUGAAAAGCUGUUGUGUAGAAGAUUUAAUGUUCCUGAUCCAUAUCCUGAGUCUUCCAUUGUUGGGUUACCAAAAGUGAAACGAGACAAGUAUUCUGUGUUUAAUUUCUUAACUGUGCCUGAGCCCACCACAUCUGUAACUCAGGCAACAAAUGAAAAAGUCCAACAGAGUAAUAGUCUCAACAAACCAAAGAAACCUUCAAGAUGGGAUGUGUCAGAUAAAGAGAAGGAGAAAAAAGAUUCUAUCAGUGAGUUCAUUAGUCUUGCUAGAUCAAAAGCCGAUGCUCAGCAGCAGCAGCCGCCAGUGCCAGCAACAGAAGAAGGCGGAACUGGGCUGCGUGAAAGUCUUCCCACUGAGGCAGCUAAUGAAGAUAAGGAGCAGGAAGAAGAAAGCAAACCAGCCAUGGACUUAUUUAAGGCCAUCUUUGCAAGUUCCUCAGAUGAAAAAUCAUCUUCGUCUGAAGAAGAGAGUGAAGAAGAAGAGGAACCAGCUACUUCAGUAGUAGAUUCAGAAACCACUAAGCAAGUUGAUCUUCCAGGCAGUUCUUCAUCUAGUGUACAAGAGAAUGUGGUUGCUACAGUGGAUCCUAGCAUUCCUGUGUUGCCUACUUCAGAGCAGGAACUGGAUGCAACAGAGGAAUUUGGACCAAAGUUGCCUCCAGCUUUUUCUUCUGGCUGUACUUGGCAACAGGAACCAGAGGUGCCAGCAAGUUUUCCUGGGCCUAGUAAAAGAGAAAAAAAGAGGAAGAACAGACAGAAGCACAAGACUAAGCGAGAACACAAACACAAAAAGGAAAAGAAAAAGAAGCAUAAGAAACAGAAAAACAAAGGAAACCACAAGAAUAAAAAAUCAGAAAAAGACAGCAGCUCAGACACUGCAGAUAGCAGUGACAGACUUUCUGAUACAGAUACCACAGGCUUGUCAGCUGAGGAACUUCUAAGAAAAUUGAAACAACUUCAGUAUUGA